AUGUCCGAACGCGUCUCUGUUAUAGUCAUCGGCGGCUCCCACGCAGGCCCUGCAAUAAGCCAAAAACUGGUCCGACAGACCCCCAGAGCGGCGAUAACCCUCAUCAAUCCUUCGGAUGAAUACUACUUCAACAAUGCCGCUCCCAGGUUCCUCGUCAAGCCCGAAAGCCUGCCACCAAGCAAAUAUCUCUACCCCAUCCCAGAGGCGUUCCGCGAAUAUCCAGCGGGCGCUUUCACCUUUUCGGUCUCAGUUUUUUUGUCUGCAGACUCGAUCUCCACUAUUGCUGCUUCGUUUGUUUUCGAUUACCUUGUUAUUGCGUCUGGCAGUACGACACCUGCGACGCUUGGACAGGCAGGUGUGAGGCUCCCGUUCAAGGCGACUGCGUUUGAAGAUACGAGGAAGGCAAUAUACCGGGGGCAUGAAACGCUGAAGACCGCUAAGAGGAUCGUUAUUGGUGGCGCAGGGCCUCUGGGAGUCGAACUUGCCGGGAACUGGCGGAAGCUGCAGGACCGAAGAAGAUUACGUUGGUGUCUCGGUCAAGUGUGCUGCUGGAGGGGGCCCCCGAGCCUGUUCAGGGAACAGCUCUAUCGCCUCUACGGCGGAAGGAUACGCGGUGUACGAAGCCCAAACCAAACCUGGAAAGUCAAGCUGUCUACUGGGCAGAUAUGCACUGCUGAUGCAUAUAUCGCGACCACGGGUACCAUUCCAAAUAAUCAGUUUAUCCCUAAGAGCUGUCUGAAUCCCCAGGGUUGGGUAAACGUCGAUGAACGGCUCAGAGUCGUGGAAGACAGCGUUAGCCGCACGGAAACUUAUGCUGUCGGUGACAUUACCUGUCAUCCAUAUCGACUGCUCUCGAGAGUCUCUCUUCAGGGAGAGACCGUGGCAUCAAAUAUAGCGACAGCCAUUGAGCGAAGGGCCCGGGUUGCUACGUAUUCGGUAGAAGUACAAAAGAAGAUGAUGGUCGUUCCGGUGGGACAAUCAACUGGGACAGGACACCUGGGGGGAUGGACGCUCUUUGGAUGUCUUGUUUGGUUUUUCAAGGGGAAAGACCUUUUUGACUCACGAGGCACCGAAGUUCUUGCGAGGCCAGAUGCGGUGAUACUCCUGGAUAGUGUUUCAGUGUUGAUUUAA